GGUCGUGGAUCACAUGGCUGAGUAAUCUAUGCGUCGUCCACUGAUUGCUGCCUAGCUAGCAUUGGACGCUGUGAACAUCUCAUUCCCCCAGAUUCUUUUUUCUUCGCUUGCUCGCCUCACUUCCAUCACUCUGCAGCCCACUCCAAUGCAAGCCUCACUCUCCCGGAUGACGCUUUUUCCUUCUUCUCUCGUUUCUUCUCUUUUAUCCUUCCCUUCACUCCAUUUCACUCCUCACUUCACACUUCACACUUCACGCUUCACACUCCACACUCCACACUUCCCCUCGCGUCGUUCUUCACGUAUAAUAUUAGAUCUUACUAACACUACGCUUACCAAUAAUUUAUUAAUUCUUACAUUUAUUCAUCCAACUGCCUGUUUGUCUGUCUUUUGAUUUUAUCAAGCCAAACUGCCAAACUUCAUUCAUUGGUUGUCGUGUCGCUCUCUUUCCUCCCCCUUCCACUGCCCGCGCGCCCGGAAUCCAUCUGUCUUAAUGCCCGAUUCUCUCACCGAACACCACUAAACACCACCACCACCACCACCACCACCACCACUCACUCACUCACUCACUAUUCCAUCUCAUCUCAUCCCAUCUCAUCCAGCACGCGCCCCUCGUAAGCAUUUCCAUUGCUUGCCUCUCCAUUCGUGUCGCAUACAUAUGUAUCCAAACGUCUUGUAUUUUGCCUCAUUACUCUCUCUGAAGUUUUUAUCUCGCGAACCAUUUUCUCUUCCUCGUCUACAUACAGUCCGUCGAGCUGUCACUUGAGCCCCGGUUCAUGAUCAAGCGUACGGGUCAUUUGCCCCGCGUAAGAUAUGCGAAGACCGUCUUCGAGUUCUCUCUCAUAGCUUGCGGCUCUUCUCUCAUCAAACAACCUUUUGUGUACUUUUAAGAUUUUGAUAUACUGCUUAUAUCUCCUAUUGUUUUUCUCAUAUCUUUGGUCGGUUUGUUAUAUUGGGUUGAGCAGGUGCUUGUCAGAGUGUGCACUGACUGCUAAUAGUAAUGUCGAUGCAUCCAAACUACUCCCGUAAUGGGAGUUAUUCACGCCAUUACUAUCCCCCGCCUCCUUCCAUGCACACGUCAGAUUCCGGUUAUGGUUCUACACGAGGAGAGAUGGGUCCGCCAUCAUUAGAUUUUCCACCUCAACCUAUUGAGAUUGAUCUGAGUAAUUCGAGGACCCUUCCAAGUCCUUCCCUUUCUUCUUCAGUUGCUUGGGAGCCAACGUUGUUUCCUUCUCCUCAUGGAUUUCCUGAUCUGAAUUCCCCAUAUGGACCAAUUUCCAGGAUGCAACAACUGCCAAUGGAUCGUGCGACAGGCCAGGCUCCAUUACUCCAAUGGUAUGCCGAUAAUGAUGGACCUUGGUACCCCAAGACAAUUUCAGACCCCGUCCCAGAGGAGAGAACAAAUAGCAAGGUUCGUUCAAAUAAUCGUGCACCCGUUGCUUUUGGAGGGCCGUAUCGUCAGCAAGACCCCGUGGAGAAUGGACCCUUUCAUUUCGGUGGCCCACCACAAUCAGAUUCUGGAUAUGAAACCAGAAGGAGCCAUGGAAAUGCUUCAAUCUUUAGCUCGGAUAUUAAUGAUCGCGAUCAAGACUGUCAAAGUUUAGCAGGCCAUGUUGCAGACUACCAGCCUUUCCAGGGGUUAAAUGAAGCAUUGCAAUCUCGCGAGACCGGGAGACCCGAAACAUGGGCAGUACAUCUUCCGGCUUCUAUUAACUCGCCAGGUCUGUUUUGUCCGACCUGUUCCAAAUCCGUAAAAACAAAAUCUGAGUUGAAGAAGCAUGAUUUACGACAUAAAAAGCCCUUUGUGUGUACCUAUCCAGGUUGCGGAAGAGCUGAGGGAUUUAGCACAACCAACGAUCUAGAUCGACAUACCAAAAGCAAACACCCCUCAGCUACGACCUCGAGGGCAGAGUCAAUGAAAAGAUAUCGCUGUGUUGUACCUGGCUGCAAAUCCAAGGAUAAAUUAUGGCCACGGCUCGACAACUUCCGUAGUCACUUAAAACGAGUUCAUGCAAAAAGCGAUCAGCUGGGAGAUAACUUUGAGGAGAUGAUACGACAGGCUGAAUAUCUGGAACCCUCAGGUUUGCCCCAAGAUGCCCAUCUUUCUGCAGAAGUGUCUACCCACGAUAUCUCGCACAACAGGGAAGUUAACCAAUUUUCACCAAAACCCCAGGACAUCAAAUCCAAUGGGAAGCCCGUCUAUCCAAACUUGAUCCAGGAUUUAGUCACCCCAAUGGACAUUCCAAUGGAGAAACCUCUCGGCGCGGGUGUGAAUGCCAGUGGCACUGCUAUACCUGGACCGAACAGUCCUCCCUCGGACUCACAUACUAGAGAUACCAUCAAACCAUCGGAAUUACUUCGGAAUCCAUCUGAGGUUAUCAACAAAACCUUUUUGGAAAGUGUUCUCUCAACCCCAGUGGGUACAAAGAGUGUAUUGGAUCGUAAUCUUGAUCAUGUAAGCCGUCCAUCGGUGGAGCGAAACACGUUACCACCUGCAGGUAAGGCAACUCGACAUAGUAGCGUCUCAGCCACCGAUGCAACCAUUGCCGGAAUGCUCAGAAUCGCAUUUGCAGAGGAAAAAAAUCCAUCCGACGAUGGUGCAUUGCCGAUGGGACGGAAAGUUUUGCCUAAUGGAAAAUCUUCUCCCGCUGAUUUCUGGGGAUCCACAACAGAUAAAGCUGCAUGUCUGCUAGAUGAACUCAAUGAUUCCAUUUCUUCUACAACAGAUGAUUCCUUGGACCAGGAAAAAGUUGUUGAGGUUUUCAAAACUCUUCAAAAGUUAGGUUACAUCAUUCAAAAGGAUCCAAAUCAUACACCUCGGAUACAAAACACAGGAUCUGUUGCCAGCAAUAAGAGUGAGAACCAAGUUACUUGUGAGGUGUGUAAAAAGUUUAAAGGAAGACCUUGCGAAUUGAAGAAACAUAUGAAACGGCACGAGAGGCCUUACGGCUGUACUUUCUUGGCCUGCAACAAAACCUUUGGAAGUAAAAAUGAUUGGAAACGACACGAGAACUCGCAACAUUUCCAUCUGGAGACCUGGCGUUGCGACAAGGAGAAGCCCGAAGGUGGAGCAUGUGCGAAAGUCUCUUAUCGUCGCCAAACAUUUCAAGAGCAUCUAAAGAAAGAACAUGAUAUAAUUGACCAAGCUGCUGUUCAGAAUAAGGUUGAAGCUUGUCGUAUAGGUCGUAACUGUCAGGCUCGUUUCUGGUGUGGUUUCUGUGUGUCGCUUGUUGACCUCAAGAAUCAAAGUUUUGCUGCCUGGACAGAAAGAUUUGACCACAUUGAUAAUCAUUUCAUGGGACGCCAUGGACUUAAAAAACAAAGCAUUCAAAAUUGGAUUCCAGUUGAUAGUGACAAAUCCAGGGGCGACGUCGACAAUCCGAAUAUCUUAGGUGGAUCUUCACCUAAAGAUGGCCGCCAGGAACUAUCGACCGAUUCUACCAAUGACUUUGGUACAAGCUCACCUGAACCAGUCGGUAAUAAAGGAGCCUCAUCUGCUUUAGUGGGUCAAGAGUCCAGGAUAUCCAAGAAACGAGAACGCAGCGACGAUAAAAAUGACAGGCCAGCAAAGUAUACAAAGAUUACGGAGAUUGUUUACUGUUGUCAUUGUGCGGAUGAUCUAGGACGUACUCUUGCUCUUAGCCCCAAGUGUACUUCCUGCAAUCACGAUGUUUGCAAUGAAUGCAAGAGCGAUUCGAUUGGUAAUUGUGAAGGUCAAAAAGUCUGACAUAUUCAUGGAUAUUGUUUGGUGUAUCUUAACGUGGUUUAUUGACCACUUUCAUUUGAGAAGGGAUAGUUGUGUAAAAGUAUUGGGUCUGCGAUAAAAUUGGGUAGGAAUUUGAAAACAAUGGGAGGGUAGAUAUCCAGGGAUUUUUUUUCCCUUUGGCGUUUGCAAAUUGAACCUUAUGGCAGUAAGAAGAUCUUUUCCAUAAUGUGUAAAGGUUAGCGAGGGGCACAGUACUCGUAAAUUGAUCUUUUUGGACAUACUACAUCUACGAGGGUGGGAGGUAUUCAGUGACCGUGUUGAACAACAACUCCAAUGGUUGGAAUACGAUGUUUUCAGCCGCAGCGAUAACCGCUCUCGAAUCCAGUCCAUGAAGGAGUUGUCUCGCUUAACACACCGAAUAGAUUAGAGAUGGUGUAGGGUAAACAGUGCUCAUAGGAUAAUAUAGAAUACAACA